AUGGCGUCUGCCAGUCCACCACUAGAAUCCUCGGCGGCCCGAGAGCGCGGGAACGGCUUUUAUCGCAAAGGUCAAUUCACUGAAGCAGAGAAAGCGUACAGGGAGGCGGCGGCGCUUGCCCCUGAGGACCCCGCACCAUGGUCCAACAUCUCUGCCAUCAAGUUCGAGCAGGGUGACUACACCAGCUGCUUGCAGAAUCUCGAGAAAGCUUUGUCUCUCUCAUCAUCCGAAGCGAAGGACGAGCCAAAGAAGCAGAAGCUGUACACUCGAAUGGCCAAAUUACCUAAUGUCCUUUGA